AUGAGGAGAGUGGUCGUGACCGGGCUUGGAGCUUUAACGCCUCUUGGAGUCGGUGUCCGGCAAUCAUGGACUCAACUGCUCAAUAAGAAAUGCGGAGUAGUGGCUCUUCGCGAUAAAGCCCGCUUCCCGUCCAUCCCAUCUCAAAUUGCCGCGUAUGUGCCACUUGGCUCCAAAGCCAAUGGCGGAUGGGAUCCUCAGGAAUGGCUCUCCUCUUCGGAGCUACGCAAGAUGGCCGAUUUCGCCCAAUUUGCCAUGGCUGCUUCCGACGAAGCGCUCACUGACUCCGGCUGGGAGCCGAAAAGCCAGGAAGACUGCGAAGCAACUGGGGUAUAUAUCGGUUCCGGCAUUGGAAGCCUGGAAGAUGUCUACUCAACCUCACUUGCCUUUGCCAAGUCCGGAUAUCGCAAGGUAUCUCCAUUAUUCGUGCCCCGUCUGUUGAUCAAUCUGGCAGCCGGGCAUGUGUCCAUGAAGUACGGUUUGAAAGGACCAAAUCAUGCGGCUACCACGGCUUGCACUACUGGGGCGCAUGCAAUAGGCGAUGCAGCAAGGAUGGUGGCAUUUGGAGAUGCCGACGUCAUGGUCGCAGGUGGAGCAGAGUCAUGCAUUCACCCAUUGGCAAUGGCAGGAUUUGCAAGAGCGAGAAGUUUGGCGACCGAUUGGAAUGAGGCCCCUAAUCUCGCGUCGAGACCAUUCGAUAGGGACCGAGCCGGGUUUGUUAUAGGGGAGGGAACUGGGGUUGUCGUGCUUGAAGAACUGGAGCACGCCAAACGACGAAAUGCUCGCAUCUAUGCGGAAGUCAAGGGAUACGGCGUCUCCUCCGAUGCAUAUCAUAUGACUGCGCCUCGUGAAGAUGGCGAAGGUCCUUACUUGGCUAUGAAGCGUGCAUUGAGAAAUUCUGGCAUAAAGCCUAAGGAGGUUGGCUAUGUCAAUGCCCAUGCUACGUCCACCGUGCUCGGUGACGCUGCCGAAAAUCGUGCUGUGAAGAAUCUCCUUCUCGGAGAGGAAGGCCAUGAUCGCCCAGAAGACAUCAAUAUCAGUAGCGUCAAGGGUGCUAUUGGUCAUCUUCUGGGUGCGGCGGGCGCAGUCGAGGCAAUUUUCACCAUUCUAGCUCUCUAUCAUGGUACACUUCCGCCAACAUUGAAUCAGGACAACCCAGCGGAUCCUCUGGAGCAAUUUAAUUGCAACUAUGUCCCGAACGAGCCGCAGAGGAAGGACAUCUCUGUUGCCAUCACCAAUAGCUUCGGGUUCGGCGGGACGAACGCAUCGCUCUGUUUCGCCCGGGUAUGA